AAUAUGUCCACUUGUCCAACUGUUGCCCAGAACCAUGGUGGAUGAUUUGCACUUACUAGCAUGCCUGGAUGGUUCAAAAAGGUGUGGUACGGGCUGGCGUCUCUGCUCAGUUUCUCGUCCUUCCUCCUGAUCACCCUUGCUUUGGCUCUGCCUCAUUGGUUGAGUGGGAAAAUCUUGUGUCAGACUGGAGUGGAUUUGGUCAAUGCCACAGACCCAGAACUGGUCAAAUUCAUCGGGGACAUUUACUACGGGCUCUUCCGAGGCUGCAAGGUGCGGCAAUGUGGACUCGGGGGACGCCAGUCCCAAUUUACAAUCUUCCCGCAGCUGGUGAAGGAGCUCAAUGCAGGCCUCCAUGUCACGAUUCUCUUCCUCCUCUUCCUGGCCUUGGCCCUUGCUCUGGUCAGCAUGGGCUUUGCAAUUCUCAACAUCAUUCAGGUCCCCUACAGAGCAGUCAAUGGCCCUGGUGGCAUCUGCCUUUGGAAUGUCCUUGCAGGUGGAGUCGUGGCACUAGCCAUCAGCAGCUUCAUGGCUGCGGUGAAAUUUCACGACCUGACCGAAAGGAUCGCCAACUUCCAGGAGAGGCUCUUUCAGUUUGUAGUGGUGGAAGAACAGUAUGAAGAAUCAUUUUGGAUCUGCGUGGCAAGCGCCUCAGCCCACGCAGCAAACUUGGUUGUGGUGGCAAUCAGUCAAAUUCCCCUCCCAGAAAUCAAGACUAAAAUGGAAGAGGCCACAGUUACCCCCGAGGACAUCUUAUACUGAUUACUGACUCCUUGUGACGUCAAUGGGGGACAGGCUUGCCUUUUCCAGCAUUCUCAAUCCACAAUGUCCCCAUUCUUAGUAGUAAAAAGAAGGCUAUGGAAAGACUAAAGGGGUGAUUGAUCCAGAAAGGAAAAAAAACUCUCUUGAUGACCAGGGCACUUGUGCUUCUUUUGGAUGCCCUUGGAGAUGAA